AUGGCAUCAUCAUCAUCGACAAAGAAGUUCACCAUGAAGAGUUCCGACGGUGAGACAUUUGAAAUCGAAGAGGUUGUGUUCCAAUCAAUCAAGAAUUUGACGGAUGGUGCUGCCAACGACACUGAAAUCCUGGUUCCGCACAUACCCGGCAAGUUCUUGGCUAAGGUUAUUGAGUAUUGCAAGAAGCAUGUUGAGGCUGCCAGUUCUGAUGAAAAGCUCUUUGAUGAUGAACUUAACAAAUGGGACACUGAAUUCGUAAAGGUUGAUAAUGUUACGAUCUUCAAUCUCAUCUGGGCUGCUAGCUAUCUGAAUAUCAAGAGUCUCUUGGAUCUUUCAAUGAAAGCUCUAGCAGACAUGAUCAAGGAUAAGAAGCCGGAGGAGAUUAGUAAGAUUUUCAACAUUGUGAAUGCUUACCGUCCCAAGGAAGAUGAGGAAGUUCGUUGUGAAAAUCAAUGCACUUUUGAAAACUGA